UCGUCGGAUGGCGUCUGUGGUGGUAACAAACCCUCUUGCAGUGUUCCAGUGUUACUCCCUCCCUCGCACUCACCCUGCUUCCAUGGCUUUCGCAAUUGCGAAUUUAUUUUCGUCGCCUCUGUCCUGCUCUGUAAUAUCUGCUGCAUCAUCAUCAUCAUCAAAAGAAGCGAACUCAAGCUCAAAUUCUCUUAAAUUGAGGGAAGAUUGGAGGAAACGGUCCAAACCCAUUCCCCCUGGGGGCACUUAUCCUGCUAAAGACCACUGCAGUCAAUGUGGUUUGUGCGACACCUAUUACAUUGCCCAUGUGAAGAACGCUUGUGCUUUCUUAGGAGAUGGGAUGUCUAAGAUUGAAGGAUUGGAACCUAUAGUUCAUGGCAGAGGGAGGAAAGUGGACUCACUGGAUGAGACAUAUUUUGGGGUCCAUGAAGAUUUGUUGUAUGCUCGUAAGAUCAAGCCUGUAGAAGGAGCCCAAUGGACAGGAAUAGUAACAACCAUAGCAAUAGAAAUGUUGAAAGCUAACAUGGUUGAAGCUGUCAUCUGUGUACAGAGUGAUCCAGAGGACCGACUUAGUCCGAGGCCUGUUUUGGCCAGGACACCGGAUGAAGUUCUGGCGGCGAAAGGUGUUAAACCAACAUUAUCUCCUAAUCUGAAUACCCUUGCCCUAGUUGAGGCCGCUGGUGUGAAGCGUCUUCUUUUUUGUGGUGUGGGUUGCCAAGUACAAGCACUAAGAUCUGUGGAGAAAUACUUGAACUUGGAAAAGCUCUAUGUCCUUGGAACCAAUUGUGUGGAUAAUGGAACUCGAGACGGGCUAGAUAAGUUUCUGAAGGCUGCAAGCAGUGAUCCAGAAACAGUUAUGCAGUAUGAGUUUAUGCAAGAUUACAAGGUACACCUGAAGCAUUUGGAUGGCCAUAUUGAAGAGGUUCCUUAUUUCUGCCUACCAGCAAAUGAAUUAGUCGAUGUUAUUGCGCCAUCCUGCUAUAGCUGCUUUGACUACACAAAUGCAUUAUCGGAUUUAGUGGUAGGGUACAUGGGUGUGCCAAAAUAUACUGGAGUAAGCAUGACACAGCAUCCACAAUAUAUUACUGUCAGGAAUGAACGUGGAAGAGAAAUGCUUAGUCUGGUGAAGAAUCUUUUGGAGAUUAACCCAACUGUCAGCAGUGGCGAUCGUCGUCCAUAUGUGACGGAAACAGUUAAAGCUGAUGAUAAUGCAAAAUUGGGGAAGGGUCCAUCACAGCCUGCUCCUAAGUUUGUUGGGAAUUUGAUAGCAUUCAUACUAAACUUGAUUGGUCCAAAGGGUCUGGAAUUUGCUCGGUACUCAUUAGAUUACCAUACAAUAAGAAACUAUCUGUACACAAAUCGCACUUGGGGAAAACAAAGAGCUGACAGGCACAUGCCAUCAUAUGCAAAGAAAAUUGUAGAUAUGUACAACCAGAAUGGAGAAGUUGAUCAGAUGUUCUCGAACAAAUGAUCUCCCAAGCAGUCUCAAUGUCCUUAGCAUUGCCUUCUUUUUCAGUUUUUAGAAAUUUCCACAGUUUACAUCUCAGACUGUUUAUCCGUGUAUCUUGAGAGUUACAGCCCUGCACAGGUGAGGACCUUGUGUUGAGUAUUUUAGAUAUUCGUGAACUGGGUACUACUGUAUGACAGUAUUUAUUAUGCACAUUCAAGUUUAUGGACCAAGUAUUC